AAAACAAGGUUAGGAUUAAAGGUAAUGAGAGAUAAGAGCAGACGUUAUCGUUAAAUCAUUAUCAAUAAAAACGAUGCUACUCAUUUCAACAAUGACCGCAAAAUGAGUCUAAUACUUCCACGAUUCAAACAUAUAGUAAUACUUUUAGGAUCCUUAGCAGUAUUAUUAUUUCUAAUAAGGCUACUUCACGGAAUAAAUCCAGAAGAAGUAGACGAGCAAAAUGCCGCACUGAAAUUUCCUGAUGAAGUGAAACGAGCUACUUAUUUGCUCAAUGAAGCCUUUAGCAAAAUUGAAGCCCUAGAAGGAAAAAUUAUUUCUCUAGAAGGAAGAGUGCCUAAAACUUACCCAGAUGUUAAGUUUUUAAAUUACAUGCAACGUAAGAGAAUCCUUAUUACAGGUGGAGCUGGCUUCGUUGGCUCUCACUUAGUAGACAAAUUAAUGCUCGAAGGCCAUGAGGUGAUUGUGGCUGAUAAUUUUUACACGGGAAGGAAGACAAAUGUGGAGCAAUGGAUAGGCCAUGAAAAUUUCGAACUCAUCCACCAUGAUAUUGUCAAUCCUCUAUAUAUAGAAGUCGAUGAAAUCUAUCACUUAGCUAGUCCCGCUAGUCCUCCACAUUAUAUGCAGAAUCCUGUUAAGACUAUAAAGACAAAUACUUUAGGAACUAUAAAUGUAUUAGGUUUAACUAGAAGAUUAAAUGCGAAGGUUUUGAUUGCAAGUACCUCUGAGGUGUAUGGGGAUCCAGAUAUCCAUCCACAGCCUGAGACUUAUUGGGGGCAUGUAAAUCCCAUAGGUCCGAGGGCUUGCUACGAUGAAGGCAAGAGAGUAUCCGAAUCCCUUACGUACGCAUACGCCAAACAGGAAAAUAUGCAAGUACGAGUAGCUAGAAUAUUUAAUACUUACGGACCAAGAAUGCACAUGAACGAUGGGAGAGUGGUGUCCAACUUCAUUCUUCAGGCGCUUCAAGAAGAUGUGAUAACGGUAUAUGGUUCAGGGGAACAAACAAGGUCCUUUCAAUACGUUUCAGAUUUGGUAGAAGGAUUGGUAGCUUUAAUGAACUCAAAUUAUUCUCAACCCGUCAAUUUAGGCAAUCCAGUAGAGCACACCAUCAAUGAAUUUGCUACAAUAAUAAAGAACCUCGUAGGCGGCAACAGCAAAAUCACCCACGUGAGCGAAGUGGAGGAUGAUCCUCAACGAAGACGCCCGGACAUUUCGCGCGCGAAAAACAUCCUCAACUGGGAACCAAAAGUCGAUUUGAACGUCGGCCUUCAAAAGACUGUCGAAUACUUCAGACAAGAACUGAAACGAUUCAAAUAUACUCCUAGGAAUAAAUUCCUUUCGAAUUUCAAACAUCCUUAACUGUUCGAUGUCAAAGUUUAUCCGUACUGUGUCGUAGGCGAAAACGCAGUCGAUGAUUGUAAGAAUAAGAAUUGUUUUUAAGCGGUGAUUUAGACCAGACUGUAUACUAGGGCGAUCCGAUAAGUACUUAGUCUGCAAAAGAAAAACAAAAAUUUUGAAAAAGUGUUGUUUUUUUUUUCGACAUAGUCUUCUGGGUCAAUCCAUGCCAAUUGGUCCAAUAUAAAUUAAGUUGGUUGCUUGACUAUUUUUAAUAUUCUUUAUUUUUCUACCUUUUAAACUUCAGUCUAUAGAGACUACAGAAUUCCAUUUAUUUUAUUUUUAAAAAAUUUAGUUUGCCGAUGACGGCCAUUUUUGUUAAAGCGUAUCGAUCAUUUUCACGGAAAACAUUGCUUCUCUCUUUAGCCAAUAUUUUCACUGAGGUUUGUCCUAGAACAAUAAAUCAAAAACCAAACUUUUUAGAAAAGUAUGCUCUAAAAAAACGGCUAAAGCAAUAUUUAAUUUCAAACUACCCUUAAGGCCUUAAAUGAGCCUCAAAAUUUGAAAAAGUAAACUGAUAAAAUUCCAUUUUCAGCAUUUUUUUAAUAGCAUAAGGCAAGCCGAUAAUGGUUUGUAAUUUUUUUCUGCAAAAGACAUCACCUAUAUAGUUUAAGUAAAAAAAGUUUGAGCUUUGAGACUUGAGUGAAUUUAAAAAAAAUCUCAAAAAUGUAAUUUUUUGAAAAAUCUUAAAGUUUGACCCCUUAUAUCUCUGAUGGGCACGGAUGAAAAAAUUUGAAAUUUGGCUGAAUGUUAGUUCCUAGCAAGUAGAAUAAGGAGUAAAAAUUUGGAGUUGCAGACUUACCUCAUAUAGGAGUUACAGGCCUUGAAAAAAUGGUCAAAAAUCAAAAUUGUCAAAAUUUGAGCGUUUUCAGGCAGGGUAAUUAAAAUUCAAAUAAACUGUCUAAUGAAAUAAAAAUUAAUCUAUUUUCACCAGAUUUCACAAUGAAUACAAAUUCAUACAGGGUGGGCCAAAGAAAAGAGUUCACCUUGAUAUUUGGCAGUUAUUGUAUUUUAAGGGAAUGCCGAAACAGGACGAUUUUUAUUUUAAAUUACAAUUUUUUUAUAUAUAUUUCAUACGUCUCCAUGACGUGUCAUCGUCAGUGACGUCAUCCAUCUGGGCAUGAUGACGUAAUCGAUGAUUUUUUUAAUGGGAAUAGAGGUCGUAUGUUAUCUUAUUUGAAAGAGUGUUCAAUUCUCUGUUCAGUAGUAUAAACAAUAAUAUAAUUAUUUAUACAGGGUGGCCAAAAAAUAAUUUUUCAAUUAAAUUAAUUGACACAAAAAGAAGAAUGUAGGUAAUUUAUUUAACUCAAAAUACAUUUUAUUGCUGUCAUAAAAUAGACAAAAAAUUAUUUGGCAAAUGAACAUUGCUUUUCGCUUAAAUUAAAUGUUCAAACUGUCAAGAGGUAGGUGGGAAGCUGUUUGUGAUUUAAUUUAAGCGAAAAGAAAUGUUUAUGUGUGAAAUCAACAUUUUUUCUAUUUUCUGAUAGCAGUACAAUGAAUUUUUAGUUGCCACAAGACCCCUAUUCCCAUUUUAAAAAAUCAUCGAUUACAUCAUCACGCUCUGAUGGAUGACGUCAUGUAGUAUGAAAUAUAUCCCAAAAAGUUACAAUAUAAUAAAAAUAAAAAUGGACCUAUUUCAGCAUUUCCUUAAAAUCUAAUAGGUAACUAUUGCCAAAUAUUGAGGUCGACUUUUUUCUUUGGCUCAGUGUAUUUAAAUUUUAAUUACCCUGCAUGCAAGCGCUCAAAUUUUUACCAUUUUAAUUUUUGACCAUUUUUUCAGGCCUGUAACUCCUAUAUGACGUAAGUCUGCAACUCCAAAUUUGUACUUCUUAUUCUACUCGCUAGGGGCUAACAUUCAGCCAAAUUUCAAUUUUUUUCAUCCGUGCCCAUCAUUUAUAUAAGGGGCCAAACUUUGAGAUUUUUCAAAAAAUUAUAUUUUUGAGAUAUUUUUUGAAAAAAUUUACCAAGUCUCAAAGCUCAAACUUUUUUUAUUUAAAGUAUGUACGUAUGUACCUUUUCCAGAAAAAAAUUACAAACCAUUGUCGGCUUGCCUUAUGCUGUUAAAAAAAUGCUGAAAAUUAAAUUUUAUCAGUUUACCUUUUCAAACUUUGAGGUUCAUUUAAGGCCUUAAGGGUAAUUUGAAAUUAAAUAAUGCUACAGGCAAUUUUUUUGGAGCAUACUUUUCUAAAGUUUGGUUUUUGAUUUAUUGUUCUAGGACAAACCUCAGUAAAAAUAUUGGCUAAAGAGCGAAGCCAUGUUUUCCGUGAAAAUGAUCGACACGCUUUAACACAAAUGGCAAUUUUGUACUCUCUAUAGACUGAAGUUUGAAAGGUAGAAAAAUAAAAAAUAUUAAAAAUAGUCAAGCAACCACCUUUGGACAACUUGGCUUGGAUUGGCCCUUCUUUUAGUUAGAUACACUCGAUCCUGUGUGAAUCACCAAGUCAUAUUGCUCUUUGUUCAUUUUCCUAAAAUACAUGAUUGGCGAGGAACCGCAAAGUGGGCGACGUCUGGUGGCGAAUUUGAAAAGCAUCAACUCUAGGAAAACAUUGACUUUGUCAUUAAUUUGUGUACAUUUUUGCGGCCAGUUUAUGUUGUAAUUAACAAUGAUUUCGACUUAAAAAAACUAUUGCAGUGUUCCUCAGUAUUCAUUCCUAUUGUACUCUACUUAAUGACGUAAACUAACCAAUGCCAAAUCACACAUUUUGUUAAUUUAACGUUUGUAUUAAACGUAGUAUUUUUUAAUGUUUAAGCGACUGCAAAAUUAAAUAAAUAAAUAAAAUGUAGUAUAUAUUCUGUACAUAGAAUGUACAUUGUUAUGCAAAAUAUUCCUACCACCUCAUAAUUUCCAGAACACAAUUAUUAUAAAAUAAAUUCACCUACUUAGUUUCCAGUUUUUAUUUAAUUAAAAAUUGUUAUCUGUUGGUGUAAAAUAAAUUAUAGUGUACCUAUUAACUAAAUUAAAAACAAAAUUAGAAAUUCUAAGAUAGAUUAAUAAUUUUUAAAACGCUGUGUGAUUAUCGGGGGACAGAUAUUUUUAUGAAAAAAGGUAAAAACAAAUCAGUAGUUAGCAUCAAAUUUUAAUGAAUGCAUACAGAUGAAACAUAAUUUUGAGUCGUCUUUAACCUAUAAGAGGUCUUAGUGGCAAAACUUAGUGGUUACUUUGGCAAAACACUCGUGUAAAUGAUUUUAAUUUAACGUUUUAGAACUGUGAGAUCAAAUGACAAAAUGAAUUGUUUUCCUGGAGUUAUCGUCCAUCUUUGAAAUUUUGAGCGCCCUCUGUCGGAAUUUAAUUUUGCGAAUUGUAGGUUUCUCUUGCGAUAGUAGCGCCGUCGAACGGCGAGGCUAAGUACUUAUCAGACCACCUAUGUAAGGUCAGAUUAUAAAGGUAUUUGAAGAAAAAUACCAUUAAUUUUCGUAAAAACGAACUUUUAGUGUGGUAUAUAAACACAGAAAUGUAUUUUUGAUAAACUAUAUACCGCAAAACUGGGAUAAUCUCAAAUCAUCUACAUUUAAUGGAAAUUUACAUUGAAAAUAUCUUUUUUUAUUUUGACCUUUCAGUGUCCACUUUCCAAAAUACUUUGUAAAUACUAUAGUUUGAGAACGAUUUCCGAAGUGGAAGUGAAAACGUCAAAAUAAGUGUCUUUCUAAUUAAAAUUAUGGUUAGUUUCAAUUAAAUACAGUAGAUAACACAACAAAUUCACAAUAAUGAGUGUCAAAACCUCAUCUCAUUAUUUCUAAUGAUCUAAAUUUCAUAAAUUUCGACAAACCCAAGUUGAAAGCCAUGAAACAUAAAAGACAUUUACUUUUGUUGUUAUUGUUAAUCUCAUUUUGUUUUAACUUCUAUGUUUUUGAAAAAAUUUUCAUUACGACUGUUGUAUAUUUUAGAAAACAUUACUGUCUUUAAUUUCAGUUAUCUUAUAUCUGUUACCGGCCAAAUCCAAUUUCAGGAUAAACUAGACCAAACUAGUUUAUCCUGAUAUUAAUACGGAUACUGCAGGAUCCACUAAUACUACCGUCUAGUAUAAAUACUAUAGUAUACCUACAAAGCCAAAAUAAACAGAUAAUCUGUUAUCUAAACAAUUAUAAAAAUUAUUAUUUAUUUUUCCAUUGAGUGUUUUGGUUACACUUAGAAUAUUACGGAGUAUAAUUGCCUUUUUGCGCUUGCAUCUGUUUGUACAGCAGUUUUUGUUCCAGCUGCAUUUGACAAAAGCUUUUCCGAUCCAAAUAAAUCUCUCGUAGCUGCAACUCUUAGCGAGAGAUAAUUUAUCUACCUUUUUGGGGUAUUAAUGUCUCUAAAAAUUUGUGACUAAAUUGUUUUCAGAUCAGAAUUCGACAUUUGCCAUCAACUUUUUUUGAGGUAGUCUAGUUUGUCCUGAAAUAGGGUUUGGCCGGUAACAUAUCCAAUAAUAAAUGCAGUAGAUGUAAAUCGUGUAAGAAAUUGUUUAUAGGUGGUACCGUUUAAGGUUACCGAUAUGUCAUCAGAUAAAUCAUUCGAAAUAAGUCAAAAUCAAGUGCAGUUUAUGUCUUUAACUUAAUCAAAAUAACAACUAUAGCACAAUAGGGAACUUGCACAUUUUUUUUACAUAAUAAUGUUCAAUUUUGUUUAAAAAUAAGAUUUCCCCAAUUUCACACUCAUAAUAACUUAAAAGUACAAAUUUAAAAUCUUAUGUGUAUUUAAACCAUUUCAAACGACCCAAAAAGCGCGCGUACAUUUGUGACGUCACAUCAUUAUAUUUUAUAAUGACAUUUCAUUGUAAUAAUAUAUACUAGUUUGUUGAGAUUGGAGUUUGAUACAGUUUUUGAAGGAAAGGAAAGAACUAUCAAAAUAUCUAUAAAACUAAGUGUCAGAACGAAUGCCAAAUGUAAUGAAUUAAUGGAAAGGACUUCAAAUACUAUAACGAUAUGACGUCACGACCAAUGAGGGCGCGUUUUGGGCUUCCUGCUAUAAUUUGAAUUUUCACUCGAUUUUAAUCGUCUUUAGGGGUCAAACGAAAAACAAAAAAACUUUUUUUCUUUGAUAUAUGUUUUAAAUUACGUUCUGUUGUGAUUUAUAGCAUUUUUUUCGAAUUUAAAAUUUUAGGCAAUUUCCCUAUUGCAUACGAAGUAGCUACAACAUCACCUGACGAGUAUUUUACUUUACAUUAAAUUCCGUCACACAACAAAAAAACAACGUGAAUAUGUUUAUUCUUGAAAUCAGGAACUGCGUUUUUUAUAACGAAUGAAAGUAUUGUAUAGCAGGUCGAGAGCCUGAUAAGAUUCAUUAAUGCUUUAGAUUUAGAGAAAAUUUAGGAUUUUUUUCAAGGCGGCUUUUUUAGAGAACAUAUUUUGAAUUCAGGUACCAUUUUGAAUUUUAACAAUGUGUUAGUUCAGAGAUUUUCAUAUAAAAAUUAACAAUAGGGAUGACUAUUUUUGGUAAAGUGAACUGACUAUUAUAUUGCUUAUUUGAAUCUUUCUUUAGUUUUAUUAAAAUUGGUUUUUUAAUUUUAUUAAAAAUUAAAUAUAAUCCUUUUAAAGUAACUGCUCGGGCGCCAAUGUGAUGAAAUCGGGUAACAAAUUCAGUCAAAGACGGGAUUCGUCUUUAAGAUAUUUAUUUUUAAAGCCAAAACAUACAAAAGAUAAUUACCUUAUCUUAGCGUUAAUUACUUGUUGAUUUACUUGUUAAUUACAAUCUACCUAAUGGUCUUUCGUAAACCUCAGGCCGAUGUGACGAUAUUUGACACAUGAAUGAAUGAUACUAAACGACGAUCGCGUGGAUUAGGAAUUGCAUUUAUUUAAUAAUGUGAAAUGGACAUAUAAGGAGAGGACAUCUCGCUCAACUAGCCAGGGGGAAAGACAUGUAAGGAUCUACGAUCAGAUCUCGUAUGGGAUGGGGUUUGUGAAUCGUCGAAAUCGCUCAAUAUGCCAAGAUGACGGGGUUCGGAAAAUGAUCGGGAUAUACUUAACUCACCUAUUAUACCUUGUUGAUUAUUCUCCGUUCAGCACACCGAGAAUAAUCAAAUGACUUUCCUUUUCGCCUUUUAUACUGUUAGAGACGGUAUAAAAACACGCUUUGGUUAAUGCAUUGGCGUAUUCUAGACGAUAAAAUUAUAAUAUCGUCACGUACAAUAAAUAUACUAGCAUGGCAUCAUUAAUUCAAUUUCUAAAAUAUAUUCUAUAUUUAUUUUUCUUAAAAUUAUGUAUGCGAGUUGCUGUUUAUAUGAUAGGGCGUAUGGAACUUGGUGCCUAUGCAUUUUGGAUGUAUUAGAGUUGCGCGUGAAGUUGGCGUGUUGAUGACAGUUGAGAUUUUGUUAAUUGGAUGGUUUCAUUAUACUAUAAAUAAAUUGUUAUAAUUUUUUUAUUAGUAUAAUAAUUAAUGAGAUUUUUUUAAUAUAAAUGAUUUUAGUGUGAAAUGAAUUUAUUAUAAAAUGGUAAGAAAGGUAACUUUCUAGUCUUGCCAAUAGAUAGCGCCAUGUAAAUAUCAAUAAAUUAAUUCGAUUAUAUUUUAGUAUAACAUAAAUAAAGUGUAAAUAGUUUUGUAGCAUUUAUAUAUCAAUUAAUGGGAUAGGAGCAAAAUCUUGGUCCAGUGAAUUUUAAAUGCAUUAAUUUUUUUUCGAAUCCUUAGAAAAUUCAUAAAUAUGUAUGAAAAAUUUAAACGCAGCAUGAAAGAUUACAUUAUUACCGAGGACCGAAAGUCUCUUAGAAUAAACAACAAGUUUCUUUUGAAUGAAAUAUUUGAAAUUAAAAAUCACACCAAUUUUUCUCCUUUUUUGCCCCUGUAACUUAUUAAAAUAAACAUUAUAAAAGUUUUUAGGUACUUUUGACCCUCGGUGAUACUGUAGUAUUUCCUUAUUUGUUUAAAUAUUUCAAAAAUACUUAUUAGUUUUCUCAGGAUUCAAAAAAAAUGAAUGCAUUUAAUAGCAUUGGACCAAGAUUUUGCGCCUACCCCCUUAACAAGUUUUUACUUGAUAUUAACUUAUAACAUAUAAAGUUUGAUUGAAACGGUUGUAUAAUUUUCGUGAUUUGAUGUUUUUGGAGACAGACAGGUGCCAUUUGUAAAUUAUAUUAUAGAAUAAGAAUAUAACAAAAAUAUUGUCGUUUACAUUGAGGAUUUUUAUUAGUGACCAUCUAAUUUGUUUUUCUUCCUAUAUUUUAUUUUUUAAUCUUAUUUUGUUGUUAUUGGUGUUAUACCUUAUACACAUUAAAUAUUUAGUUUUUUUGGCAAGGUUCUGAAACUGCCCUAAUAGCACCAAACAUUCCAUGUAUGUUCCUAGAAUGUACACACAGGAUAUUGAAAACAUUCUUGGAAUGUCCUCAAAAGCACAAGAAUGUCCCAGGAAAGUCCUCUGUCAGUAUUUGAAACAUUCCUUGAAUGUCUUGUUGGAAGAUUCCAUGAAUAUCUACGAAUGUUCUUUGGACAUUCACAGUAUAAUUUUUAUACAUUCCCUGGAUAUAGUCGCUGAUGUGACAUAAUACCUCCGAUUUGUUUUUAUGAGUUUUGUAAGAGAGACUAAAAACUUUUUUACAGUCACCUACUAUUUUCAUAUGAUAUUUUUUGACAUGUUCUGUAGUAAAUUCAACUAUCUAUUUACUACAAAACAUGUCAAAAUUUACAUGUAAAAACAGGAGAUGACCCCAAAAAUGGUUUUUCGUCUCCUACAAAAUUCAUGAAAAAGCAGAUAGGAGGUACAUAUUGUCACAUCACCGACGAUAUACCAGCAGUAUAUGUGGCCAUACCGAAUAAUACAUCCUUGAUAAAUAUAAACAUUUUUAUUGCACAAAAUCUUGUCAUAUCGAGGAGCUGGAUUUCCUCAAUAUUCUUGUAGGUACUUAUGAAGUUGUUGCUCCUGACUUCCAACUUUACUCCAACUUUAAAAACAAAUCCAGCUGUAAAAUAUUUAUGUGCCUGAAGGCUUUUGUAUGCUUUCAUCUGCUGCUUAGAGUAGUAACUGUGAGACUCCACCAGAUAUGUAUAAAUAUCUAUAAUAGUAAUUUGGUGGAAUGCACUUUACUGUAAAAUCCAAUUCUGACUGAAUUGUAUAUGGAUCUAAAUCCCCAAUUAUUUUCAGAUUCAAUAAGUAUCUAAAACAAUGAAAUAAAUAAUGUUAUUGCUUGCAAAAUUCACCAAUAUUGAUAAAUAGCAGGGAAAAAUUAACAGUAAAUAAAAAUUGUUUCCCCUACGUUUCUCCAACAUCUGGAGUUUCCUGUAAUUUCCUUAAAUAAUCACUUUGUAUUGUGGUAAAGUUUAUAAAGCUCACCAAAUACAGCAAACGAAAUCCAAAUGAAUCCAAAAUAGACAAAAUACGACGAUAAACAAUGAAAAAUAGAUAUUACAAACAUAACCUCUGUAACUUUUUGUAUGCCAACCAGAAAUCACGUGGUUUGGAUUGCCUAGUACAUACACGCGCGGCAAAUUUGAAAAUGAACGCAAAUUGAAUAAUAAAUGGCCUCUCUUAAAAUAUAGGACAUUGGUAGUAUGUUCAUAGAAUGUCUUGUGGUAACAUUCCACCAAUAAUUUAAUCAGAUGUUCACCGAAUGUUCCUUGAAUGUCCAGAACAUUCAAACAUUAAUAGAACUUUGAUAGUACAUUCCUGGAAUGUUUUGUGUUGUUAGGGUGUUUUCAUGUGGCAUGUUUAAUUUAGUAUUAUGUUUAUAUGGGAUUGAGCCACAUUUGGUGGUGUAAAUGAAAAUUACAUUUUUCUUAAUUAACUAAUGUUUGACGUUUCGAUUUCCACUACGGAAAUCGUUCUCAAAAUGAAAAAGAAAAUAAGUUGUGACUCCAUAUAAACAUAAUAAAACCUAUAUUGGAAAGUUUUAUUUACUUUGUUUUGUUCACUUGUUUUAUGUUUGUUUUUCUAUUGAUUGUUUUUCUGUUUUUCUCUAACCUGUAUUUUAUCUCUUACUUUUUACAUCAUAGAAGAUUCAUUCUUUUUGUGUUCAAUUAAAAUUGCAUCCUCAUAGUACAGUUAUAUUGAUGUCAUUUUUUUACUGGCGAUAAGAUGCAUACUUUUACAAUUAAGUUUCAUCAUAUAACUGGCUUUUUAUAUUGUUUCAACUAAUAACACUGUUGCAUCUGCAUAUCUGAGAUAUUCAUAUACAGGAUGAGUGGAGAGGGACGCGCUAAUCUUUAAGACUGUAUAAUAUACGUAAAAAUAAUAAAAAAUAACUCAUAAUAUGUUGUUAUUCGAUUUUCAUUUGUUUCCAAGAUACGGGGUAUUAAAAUUUUUAUUACAAACUGAUGAUUUAUUUAUUACUCUAAAACCGGUUGAGAUGUGCAAAUGAAAUUUGGUGGGUUUUAAGACAUAUUUAUUGCGCAUGUUUUGACACACAAUUAAGAAUUUUAUAUUCACCAUUAGCGCGCGUACGGGUAAUAGUCUGAAAUUUUUUAAAGAUAAAAAUGGUACACCACUGAAAUAUUUCAAAUUAAACAUCUUUCUUUAAUUCCUCGUUCAAAUUGUGACAAAAAAACAAUCUUCCCUUUUUUUUCAUGCGACGCUUAGUUUUCAGGAAAAAAAUAAAACAUCUUAACGCUUACAAAGUUUUCGACGAAGUUUCUAUAUGAAUGUGUAGAAAGUUAUUUUGAAUACUUACGCUUACAAAGUUUUCGACGAAGUUUCUAUAUGAAUGUGUAGAAACUUAUUUUGAAUACUUUGUAAGCGUUAAGAUAUUUUAUUUUUUGAAUGGAAACGAAGUGUCGUAUGAACAAACAUGAAGAUAUAUGGUUUGUCAGAAAUUAAACAGGGAAUUCAAAAAUAAUUUUUAAUUUGAAAUAUUUCAGUGGCGUACUAUUUUUUUUCUUUAAAAAAUUUCAGACCCUUAUCCGCACACGCGCCAAUGGUGAAUAUAAAAUUCUUAAUUGUGUCUCAAAAUAUGCGCAAUAACUAUGUCUUAAAACCUACCAAAUUUCAUUUGCACACCUCAACCGGUUUUAGAGCAAUAGAUAAAUCGUCAGUUUGUAAGAAAAAUUUUAACACCCCAUAUCUCGGUAACAAAUGAAAAUCGAUUAACAACAUAUGAGUUAUUUUUGAUUAUUUUUACGUAUAUUACACAGCCUUAAAGUUUGGCGCGUUCCUUCCCACUCACCCUGUAUACACAAAUAUCAGCUUAUAUUUCUUCGAAUCCAUCGAUUUCUUUUGAGUACAUAUUAAAUAGUAAUCUUAAAAGAAGAGAAAACUGACAAAUUUUGCAUUUUACGGAAAACUGUGGAGACAAAUCCUAUCAAAGUGUAUUAUUUCUACAUUGUUCUAUCAGUAGUUAUUUUCACACAAAUUGAAGCUAUAUUGUAACUGUGAAAACAUCUUCCUCUCGACCUACGAAAUAAUUAAAUCUGGGUGAUAGUUUUAUAAUAAUUGUAGUUUAAGUUGAUGUGUGAUGUUUUUAUGGCUGUUCUGUAUUAUAUAUUGUUAAUAAAUGUGUAAUUUUUGCAAAAA